UCGGCUGCGUGCAGAGAAGGUUUCGGAUUCAAUCGGCACGGUUAAGUGUUUUUAUAAGGUUUCAUCCACUGCCGCUAUGUUGGUCAGCUUUGAUACUAAGCAGGUCAGAUAGGAUUAUUGAGUUGUAAUCGAGUUUCUGUCGUUGUAUGUCGGGGAUCCACGAUAACAGCUUUUAUCCAGUAAACAGUAACUUGGAUCUUGGGUUUUUGAAAGCAUGGAAUCGCUAAUGAAAAGAUGUUCAGCUGAUCUUUAGCUUUUGUGUUUAGUAAUUUAGGGCGCAUGAUAGCUGAGUUUGAAAUGGAGUCAAGAAUGUUUUCGAAAUGGGCAUUCGUAUAAUACGUUGGUAACUAGAUGUUCUAUUCGCCUAAAAAUGGCUUGUAGUUGAAGUCAUAAAACACACAUACACAAUCGUUUGACUCUAAAACUGAAGGUGGGAAAUGAAAUUUCAGGCUUUGAAAAUGUUUCCAGUGUUUUAUAUUGUAAUAUUUGUGAAGCGUUAUUGAGUCAUUUGCAGAGAAGAUAUUCGUCAUUAAACUGCCAUUCUUGUCCGUCGGAAAGCGAGCAACUUGGCCUGCAGUCGUUUAGUCUUCAACCAAAACAUAUUUACAACUGGAUAACAUUCUCCAAAGGGUAAAAAAUAGAUUAAUUAUAAACUUCUAAACAGUACUACAUAAAAUUUCUUUUGCUUCCGGCUACAAUCAAUGAGGUAACACACUUCCAAACAAGAAGAUUUGUGCUUCAAACCAGUUCUCCGUCAUGGUGCAAUUAUUCUAUUAUGAAAAUCAUGGUCAAGCUUGUCGGAAAAUCCUCAACCACGAGGGAUCGCCAAGCAAAAUUUUGCUUUUUGCUGAUGAAGGGUGGGCAAGAACGGCUCCAAACGCUCACUGGAUUCUGAAACGGCCGUGGUGGAGUAGGACAUACUGCAAAAUUACCGAGAUAACGGCUACUCGGCGGAUGAGUGCACGUGGAAAAAUAGUGGAUCUUGGUAAAGGAAAUAUGUGCAUCAAAGGAAAAUUCAAAGAAGCCGAAGAGCCAGAUUUCAAGAUGUACCUGACAACUCAUGUGACUUCAGCUGACUUUAGGCAAGGAUACAGCAUGACUGGAACUUUGGAAAGAGGUAACAAGAAAAAGGGCGGGCUACAUCUGACUCAUUUUGCAAUGCUGAAGCGGAAAGAUUACAUGAAGGAUGAUAACAACAACAAGUGAAGGUGGAUGAAAAUUGUCCAAAGUUACCGCUGACUUUUGAACGUCAUUCUCAUGCCGCAUCUUUGCUAUUGCCAAAUCAUUUGCUAUUCUGAGACGCCAUCUGUCAGUUGUUGCUAAGUUAUUGACUUGAGUAAUCUUUGUUUCUAACCAACUCAACUUUGGUUAGUGCUUCUGUGAUGUACACUUUACAUACAGAAAAGGGAGAGGACCAGUUCUAUAUCUCCCGUUCUACUGAGCCGAUUGACGAUAUUUAACUUGCGUUUUUCAUGUCCCGAAAGAGCGACUUAGGAUAUUUAUUAGA